UUCAGACCUCUUGAUAUGUCACCUGACAGUCUUGUGGUUUUGGAUGAAUAUGGCUCAUUGCUAUUAUUAACCUGAGUUGGCAGCUGGGCACAACAGGAGUUUAUAGGGAUUUUGAAAAGUGGAACUGCUCGGGGGACAAAGAUGCUUCCCAGUUGGCCUUUGCCGGAGUUUGACCCAAGUCAGAUCCGACUGAUCGUGUAUCAGGACUGCGAAAGAAGGGGACGGAAUGUCUUAUUUGACUCCAGUGCUAAAAGAAAAAUAGAGGAUGUUUCAGUGUCGAAACUCUGCAGCGAUGCUCAGGUGAGAGUUUUUGGGAAAUGUUGCCAACUGAAGCCUGGAGGAGACAGCUCUUCUUCCUUGGAUAGUUCAAUCAAUUCAUCCUCCUCUUUCUCUGAUCCAAAAGAACAAUGUCCAAAAUACCAGGGUUCUCGGUGCUCCUCAGAUGCCAACAUGCUUGGAGAGAUGAUGUUUGGCUCUGUGGCCAUGAGCUACAAGGGCUCCACACUGAAAAUUCACCAGAUCCGCUCACCUCCUCAGCUCAUGCUCAGCAAGGUGUUCACAGCUCGCACUGGAAGCAGCAUCUAUGGCAGUCUGAAUACGUUGCAGGACAGUCUUGAGUUCAUUAAUCAAGACAGCAAUACAUUAAAGCCUGACCACAGCACAAUUAUGAAUGGACUUCUUGGGAAUAUAGGUCUUUCCCAGCUUUGCAGCCCCAGGCGGGCAUUCUCAGAGCAAGGUCCGCUCCGCCUCAUCCGGAGCGCCUCUUUCUUUGCAGUUCAUAGCAACCCUAUGGAUAUGCCUGGGAGGGAGCAGAAUGAGGACAGAGACAGCGGUAUAGCCAGAUCUGCAUCUCUUAGCAGUCUGCUCAUCACUCCGUUUCCAUCUCCGGGCUCCUCGUUUAACAAAAGCUGUGCUAGCAGCUACCAGCGGCGUUGGCGUCGCAGCCAGACUACCAGCUUGGAGAACGGGGUCUUCCCUCGAUGGUCCAUGGAUGAAAGCUUCAACUUGUCAGAUGACAGCUCUGGUCCAAGCCCAGGAAUUGUUAGGAAGAAAAAGAUAGCAAUUGGGGUUAUUUUUUCACUCUCAAGAGAUGAAGAUGAAAACAACAAAUUUAACGAGUUCUUCUUCUCACACUUUCCUCUUUUUGAGAGUCACAUGAACAAACUGAAGAGUGCCAUAGAACAGGCUAUGAAAAUGAGCCGGAGAUCAGCUGACGCCAGCCAGCGGAGUUUGGCGUAUAACAGAAUCCUGGAUGCACUAAAUGAGUUCAGAACAACUAUUUGCAAUCUCUACACGAUGCCUCGGAUCGGGGAGCCUGUCUGGCUGACCAUGAUGUCAGGGACACCAGAGAAGAACCAGCUUUGCCAUCGCUUCAUGAAGGAGUUCACUUUCUUGAUGGAAAAUGCUUCUAAAAACCAGUUUUUACCAGCUUUGCUGACUGCAGUGCUGACCAACCACCUGGCCUGGGUCCCCACCGUCAUGCCCAAUGGUCAGCCACCCAUCAGAAUCUUCCUGGAAAAACAUUCUUCCCAGAGUGUGGACAUGCUGGGCAAAACUCAUCCCUACAACCCACUGUGGGCACAACUUGGUGACCUGUAUGGGGCUAUCGGAUCACCUGUGAGAUUAGCAAAAACAGUUGUGGUUGGCAAAAGGCAUGACCUGGUCCAGAGAUUGCUUUACUUCCUCACUUACUUCAUCAGAUGCUCUGAACUUCAAGAAACACAUCUUCUAGAAAAUGGAGAAGAUGAAGCCAUUGUCAUGCCCGGCACUGUUAUCACUACCACGCUGGAGAAGGGAGAAGUAGAGGAAUCUGAGUAUGUGCUUGUCACGAUGCACAAGAACAGGGGCAACCUGCUACCAACAGAGUCUGAAGAGAUGAGAGCUCCCAACUGCAGCUGUAAAUAUUGCAAAUGUCCCAUUUCCCUCGCACAGAACAUAGAAGGUGUUUCACACCAAGAGAGAGAAGACACACAAAGCACUCCUAAGGUAGAGCUGGAAACUUCUUCGGAUGAGAACAGAACCAUUGUUCCUGACGAUGGCCAGGAGGACACUGUUGAUGCCAAACAACCGAGACCCUGCCUGGACACCAAACUGAAAACUGUGGUGUGCACAGGGUCAGCUUCGCCAGAAAGAUGUGUGGGGACAGAAACUGGUUUGGAGCCAGCAGUAAACACAUGGAGGAGUGAGGACCCACUGGAGUCAGGCAGCCAGGAGGGAGGGGCGACGAGGACACCUGGAAUUGCUGUGGAGAAGAAGCCUCCCGACAAGCUCUUCUGCGACACGUUUCCAUGCAGCGCAGCCGAGGCUCAGACAAAGGUGACUUUCCUCAUCGGAGAUUCCAUGUCACCUGAUUCAGACAUCGAAUUGAGAAGUCAGGCAGUAGUGGAACAAAUUGCCAGGCAUCACAGCCCGCCAGCAGCGGAGGCAGGAGUGUCUGCUGAUCAGAACUGUGAAGCUAAACAAACUGUUGAGGACCAAAAUAGAGACUGCGGGACAGCUGAACCCUUUCCUCAAGUUGCUAGUGAGCAUCAGAGCUGGAACCCAAACCCAUACAGUACUGAGAGCCUAAGUCUGUUUGACGAGUAUUUCACUGAUGACAGUUCAAUUGAAACCCGGACUAUUGAUGAUAUUCCAGGGCAAACAGCUACGGACCUUGUUGCUCACAACAGUAGUUUAGAAUUUUCUAAAAAGCUGUGUACAAAGUCUUGCAAACCACCUAGUGAAUUUUGUAAAUUCGUGAACUCUGGUCAACAAGAGACCUACAAAAACUGCUUUAAUGAGCAGGACCAAAGAGAGAAAAUCUCUAUUCGUGUCCCCCAUGGGGACAGAGAAAACGUAGAGAAAAAAGUCGCCCCGGGAAUUGAUUGGGACAUUCCAAGAAAUGAGAGUUCAGACAGUGCCCUGGGUGACAGCGAGAGUGAGGAUACAGGCCAUGAUCUCACUAGACUGGGCACUAACUAUUAUGGAGGAGAACAAGAAGACUGGGCAGAGGAAUAUGAGAUUCCCUUCCCUGGGUCAAAAUUAGUUGAAGUGAACUCUGUCCAGCCCAGUAUUGCCAAUUUUGGAAGAUCCUUACUAGGAGGCUACUGUUCAUCUUAUGUCCCUGACUUUGUUUUGCAAGGAAUAGGAAGUGAUGAAAAGCUGAGGCACUGUUUGGUGUCAGAUUUGUCUCAUGCUGUGCAGCACCCUGUCCUGGAUGAGCCAAUUGCAGAAGCUGUUUGCAUUAUUGCAGACACAGACAAAUGGACGGUGCAAGUGGCCAGUAGCCAGAGGAGAAUGAUUGAGAAUAAACUGGGAAAAGAAGUGUUAGUCUCCAGUCUCGUCUCCAACCUGCUUCAUUCCACUCUUCAGCUUUACAAGCAUAAUUUAUCUCCAAACUUUUGUGUGAUGCACCUGGAGGAUCGGCUGCAGGAGCUCUACUUCAAAAGCAAGAUGCUGUCUGAGUAUCUCAAGGGCCAGAUGAGAGUCCACGUCAAGGAGCUGGGCGUGGUGCUGGGGAUUGAAUCCAGCGACCUCCCCUUGCUGGCAGCUGUAGCAAGCACUCACUCUCCGUACGUUGCCCAGAUCCUACUUUAA